UCUCUGUUCUUUCUCGCUCUCAAACUCUACCGUCUCCUUCGUAGCGCUGGUAGAGCUUUUUCUCUCACACCAACGACGAAUUUAUACGAGGAAAUCUCAACGUGCACAAAGGAUAACCGACAACGACAGCUCCUUACCCAACAGGAAAUCCAUCUUAUCAUCGACCAGCAGCAGUGGUUGAAACAUACUCUCAGGAUUGGUCGCACCACCAUCCACAACUCUGCGUACACCAGAAAACCCCCAUAGCCUGUUCCAGACACACCACCGACUGUCCAUCACCCAAGCCUAGGACGAUAUCCAUUCAUGGAGCGUGACGUGCUAAAUUACCCAAAGUUUACAGGCGAACUCAAGGGUUCCCUCCAUCCGCAUGAUUUCAUCUCUAACAUCCACAUUUUCUGUCUUGCCAGUCAUGUUCCCACAGACGCAUACGUAACUACCCUCCCACUGUUCCUUGCUUCAGAUAGCAUAGCAAUGAAUUGGUAUGACGAGGAAAUCAAAGGCAAAGUAACGGUGUGGGAAGAGCUGGUGAAGAAAUUCAAGCAGAGGUUUCCCCCGCAGCUAUCAUCGUUCCAGGAACUGUAUCAAGUAGCCUGGAAACGCCGAGACCGUAACGCCCUUUUCCAGGAUGUCGAACCUGGCCAAAAGUACAAAUCCCUCAAAGUUCUCUUCCCCCUCACUGAAGAUGCCCAAGAACACAUAUUGGUCACUUCUGAAUAUCGAGAGGCUCUUUCCGAUGCAAAACGCUGGUUUGUCGGACAAACGCCCUCCAAAACAAAGUUUACAGAGGAGGACUCUUAUUGGAGGCCGCCGGUUUCUGAGAGUGAAGGUGUAGGUGAAGACCAGCAAAUGGAUAUCGAUAUCCCAGAUAUCGAUGACACUGAGUGGUCCAAUCCAAUCUGUCCCUAUUCUACUUUCAUCGUCUGUGGGAUGCCCGGCAUCGGGAAGACUUUAUUUCUGUAUUACGUUCUUGUAGAACGUCUCCUCCGAAAUCUUCCCACUUGUCUCCAAACCGAACCCCACCGCUUUAUCUAUUGGUGUGCCGAGGGCGUGUCUGAGAUCCACCUGGAUCGUUUCCGAUGGACCCUGCCCAAGGAUGUCUGGUUUCUUGUCGAUUCAAACCAGGACAUCAUAUGUCCCCACUCCGACAUAUUGGCUUCCGGUGCACGGAUAAUCCAAGCUGCCUCCCCACGGAGGGCUCGUCUCCGAUGGACGGAGAAGCAGAGUGCCUACACCUAUAAGUGGUUCAUGAAGCCCAGCCCACUACGAGAGCUGUUGAUGAUGAGGCGUUAUUGGCCUAGCCCCCCGACAGAAAAAGAAGUGACGACAUUUGUGAGGGAUUAUGGAUCAUCCACUCGCCUUAUCAUCCUGUACGCCGCUCGUCCGGACGAAUACCGUCUUGACCUGCAGUCCAGGAUUGACCGACUGACUUUCGACCAGCUGGAAAAACGGGUUUUUGAGAUAAGGGGGUUGGACGUGGCCGACAACAGCGUUGCGCAUUGGAUCUUUGGUAUUUAUCCGGGUGUUCAACGCGACCGAAUUACAGUCAACUACUCAACGUCAGAAGUUUUCGGUCUCCUCAAAGCAGCUUUCUCCGAGAACUGGGAAUCGUAUGCCCGGGACAUAUAUAGACUAUUCAAAUCUUAUAGGCCAAUGCAAGGCGGCGCAGGAUAUCCAGCGUCAACGAUUACGGAAUGCAGUUCUUGA